CAGUGGUGCUCCUGAGGGCUGACCAUUAAACACAGGUGUUAGGCAGAGGCACAACGAAAACGGGGAGGAUGGAAGAAAAGGGAACAGAGAAUGGAGUAGGGGCCAUGGCAGCCUGCUACGAGAGGUUUGAUCCCGCAGCAUAUCUACAGUAUAACUACACUCCGCCAAGAGCUGAUUUUGAGAGGAAGGACAGCAUUGUGCCCUGGAAACUGGCGUGCCUGCAUAGAGCAUUCACCGAAGGCGAUGUGAGUGGUGAGCUGCUGGUGGACAUUGGGUCGGGUCCCACCCUGUACCAGGUGCUGAGUGGCUGUGAGGUUUUCAACAAGGUGCUCCUCACAGACUUCCUGGAGGUAAACAGGCAGGAGCUGAGGCACUGGCUCCAGGAUGAGGAAGGCUGUAACCUGGACUGGACUCCCUACCUGCAGCACGUCUGCAAGCUGGAGGGACGACGGCCCUCUGAAUGGACAGAGAAAGCUGCCAAACUACGUCAGGUGGUCAAGGACAUCGUCCCAAUUGACGUGCACCGCCCUCAGCCUCUGGCCCACGAUGCCCUUCCCUCAGCAGGGGCCGACUGUCUCGUGUCCUGCUUCUGCCUGGAGAGCGUCAGCCCUAACCUGGCCGCCUUCACCAGGGCCCUGGGCCACAUUGGGAGGCUCCUGCGGCCCGGUGGCCACCUCCUGCUCAUCGGAGCCCUGGGGGAGAGUUACUAUUUCGGUGGGCCUGGGGUGAAGAUUCCAGUGGUCCCACUGAAUGAGGCCCAGGUCUGUGAUAGUCUGAAGGAGACGGGCUACACGCUGAUCAGGCUGGAGGUUUACACGCUGUCCCAGGACAUGAGGGUGGGGGUGGAUGAUGUGACUGGUGUGUUUUUCGUAAAGGCAAGAAAGGAUUAAAAGGUAAAGUGGGAGAAAAGACAAAGGUUUAAGGGUAUUAAGGUAGAAAGUCUGAAAAGCAUUCGUACAGAUGAAAGUAUUAUAUAUUAAGCUGAGGUAAAUGUAUGUUUUAGCAUAGCAAGCGAUUCUUGGUUGUGCUUUUAUUUAACCAAUAAUUCUGUUAUUUCUGGUGAUGUUUAAAUAAUAACCACCCAUAUUAGUAUUUUUUUUAUUUUCCUUAUUCUGGGUGAGAUGUUACUUUGAAUCUGACUCUGUAGGGGAAAAUGCUGAGACACAAACAGGUAAAUUAUAAAUUUAACUCUAUUCCAUUUUAUCUUAUUAGUCCAAUAAAUGUCUGCGGUUGAGUACAUUUGUGACA